AUGACGAGUACUGCUGCCGAAGCUGUUGGCUUCUACGGUUUCCUACUUUCAACUCCAUUUGGUUUCGUCGGACGUAUAUGUAGUAUAAUAACAUUUUCAUCUCAGGCUCUUCGUAGCACUCCAACUGGAUUAGUUUUUAUGACCUUAACUGUCUCUGAUAUGUUGUAUCUCUUCAUAUCUAUCCGUGAUUUUGUUUCAGUAACGCUUAAUUUACCAUCCAUACGUAGCGAACAUCUCUGUCAUUUUCGAGAAUUUACAUCUUCUUUGGUUGCUUGUCCUCAUUUCCGUUGA